AUGCUUGCAGAAAUAGAGGCUGUGUUGAACUACAGACAUCUUUCAUAUGUGGACAGUGCAUCAACAGAGCCGCAGCGACUCACACCCUCUCACUUCCUGGUUGGGAAAAGAUUAACCUCCCUACCACCAAAGACUCUGGUUCCACUCUGUCAGGCGACCAAUGUGAGCAGAGAGGACAUGGGCCGGCAGUGGAAAUACCGGCAGAGACUCUUAACCAGCCUUUGGAAUAGCUGGAGGAAGGAUUACUUGAGGGACUUGAGAUCAGUUCACGAGUGUAAGACCCCUAUACCCACUGUGCUGAAGGAUGAGUUGUGGAAGAUCCAGGAAAAGCUGGAGUGUUUCUUCGGAGCCUUGGUGGGCUCUAACAUCUACAUCACACCACAGGAGUCCCAGGGCCUUCCACCUCACUAUGAUGAUGUUGAGGUAUUUAUCCUGCAGCUGGAGGGACAGAAACAUUGGCGUCUCUAUAGUCCUACUGUUCCGCUGGCAGCAGAGUACAGCGUGGAGUCAGAGGAGAGGAUUGGCAGCCCAACCCAUGAUAUCGUACUGAAGGCAGGAGAUCUUCUGUACUUUCCCAGAGGAACCAUUCAUCAAGCAGAGACACCCGCAGGAGUGGACCACUCCACCCACUUGACUCUCAGCACCUACCAGAGAAUGUCAUUGGGAGAUUUGCUGUUGGAUAUAUUUCCUAGCUUGCUGUGUGACCGCAGCAAGAGUGAAGUCAGCCUGAGACAGGGCAUACCCAGAAGACUCUUACUGGGUAAUAGUGAAGGCUUGGACACCGCCAGGCUGCUAGCCGCUAGAUUCAGAUCUCUGGCUGAUGAAAUGGAAACAGGGAUGCAGGAAGUGACCUCCACUCACAUGAAGAGAGACUUCAUCAUGAACAGACUGCCACCGUACAGCCAGCAGGAGCUGCUUACACCAUCUGGGAAGAUUCCUGCCUUAGAGGAUAUGGUAUGUUUGAGGUUUAAAGACCAUAUGGUGAUAACGGUGGAGCCAAGCCAAGAGAGAACAGAUGAGGCCACAGAGCUGGUCAUCUCUGUCUUACAUUCUUUGAAGAACCAGAGGGAGAGCCACAUGAUGGGUGAAAGUUGUGAUGAACAGGAGGGACUGAAUAUCUCCUGGGGGCUGCAGUUCCCCCUGUCCCACCUCCAGGCCCUGCGGCAGCUCCAACAGGCAGAACAGCUGGCUGUGGACCAGCUUCAGCUGCCCACACAGGAGGCCAAACUCAGUCUGGUUCUGGCUCUCUGGAGUGAGAACCUGCUGGUUGUACUAUAGCACACCACUAUUUAAAAAUAUCAGUGAAGAAUUAAAUCACAACAAUACAUAGGCAUUUAUGAAUACCUUUGAAGAUAUUUCUUGUGUUAUUGUGUUGUUAGUUUUCUGGUUCCUCCUGAAUAAAGCUGCUAAACCUCCA